GCUACAUUAACUGUGAUCUAAAAAAAAUGUCUGAAGCAGUCUUCUUCCUUCUCCUCUCCAGCAAUUAACUACUACAUUACAGCCAUUAGGAUUGAGAGUUUAGAAGAUAGAAUCAAAAGAUGAGUUUCAGAGAUGAUAAUGAGGAGGGUAGGAAUGAUUUGCGACGGCCGUUUAUACACACCGGAAGCUGGUAUCGGAUGGGUUCGAGACAAUCGAGUAUGAUGGGUUCGUCUCAAGUUAUUCGAGACAGCUCUAUCUCUGUUCUUGCAUGUGUUUUGAUCGUUGCUCUUGGUCCUAUUCAAUUCGGAUUCACUUGUGGUUAUUCAUCUCCAACUCAAGCUGCAAUCACCAAGGAUCUCGGUUUAACGGUAUCUGAGUACUCUGUCUUUGGUUCUCUGUCCAAUGUGGGUGCUAUGGUUGGUGCAAUUGCCAGUGGUCAGAUUGCAGAAUACAUUGGACGAAAAGGGUCUCUGAUGAUUGCUGCAAUUCCCAAUAUCAUUGGAUGGCUUUGCAUAUCAUUUGCAAAAGAUACUUCUUUUCUUUAUAUGGGAAGACUUUUAGAAGGCUUUGGCGUUGGGAUCAUCUCUUACACUGUACCUGUAUAUAUCGCUGAGAUAGCUCCACAAAAUAUGAGAGGAGGAUUGGGUUCGGUUAACCAGCUUUCUGUGACAAUUGGAAUAAUGUUGGCGUAUUUACUUGGCCUCUUUGUUCCAUGGAGAAUUCUUGCAGUUCUGGGGAUAUUGCCGUGCACAGUAUUGAUACCAGGUCUCUUUUUCAUCCCUGAAUCCCCUCGCUGGCUGGCAAAAAUGGGUAUGACAGAUGAUUUUGAAACUUCAUUACAAGUUCUUCGAGGAUUUGAGACUGAUAUUACCGUUGAAGUUAAUGAAAUCAAGAGAUCUGUGGCAUCAUCUACAAAGCGAAAUACAGUUCGGUUUGCAGAUCUCAAACGCAGGAGAUACUAUUUCCCACUUACGGUUGGUAUAGGGUUGCUUGUACUUCAACAACUUGGUGGAAUUAAUGGUGUCCUAUUCUAUUCCAGUACAAUAUUUGAAUCUGCAGGAGUUACAUCGAGUAACGCAGCAACAUUUGGGGUCGGGGCUAUUCAGGUAGUCGCUACUGCAAUAUCGACAUGGUUGGUGGACAAAGCAGGUCGUCGACUUCUGCUUACCAUCUCUUCGGUUGGGAUGACAAUUAGCCUUGUAAUUGUCGCAGCUGCUUUCUACCUUAAGGGAUUUGUGUCUCCUGAUUCAGACAUGUACAAUUGGCUGAGCAUAUUGUCAGUAGUUGGAGUUGUGGCAAUGGUUGUUUCUUUCUCAUUGGGAAUGGGACCAAUACCGUGGCUCAUUAUGUCUGAGAUCCUUCCUGUGAACAUAAAGGGUUUAGCUGGAAGUAUUGCAACUCUAGCCAAUUGGUUCUUUUCUUGGUUGAUCACUAUGACAGCAAACUUGCUCUUAGCCUGGAGCAGUGGAGGAACUUUCACUCUGUAUGGGUUGGUUUGUGCAUUCACAGUGGUGUUUGUGACUCUAUGGGUUCCUGAGACCAAAGGCAAAACUCUUGAAGAACUUCAAGCCUUGUUCAGAUGAAUAUACUGAUACAACUUCAUUCUUUGUCUCCCUCUCUGUUUUGGCCAAGAACCAGAAGAAGCAAAAGAAAAUGUCGAGAUUUUCCAGCCUUGUUAUUUGGGCUGAGAACGUUACUAAGAUUUGUUUGUUUGUUGUGUGUCAAUAAUCACAUUACCUUCUC